UAAAAGACUACGAUAUUCUUGAUGUAUAGUCCAUCAUUCAGACAAACAAUCACAUCUUCACACACUCACAACUCAACUCAACAACUUCCAACUCUUUACCAAUUCCUCAAAGAAAUAACCCAUCAACAACCAUCAAAAUGCAAUUCUCCGCCGCUCUUAUCUCUGCCAUCACCGUUGCUCUUGCUUCGGCUGCCACCAUCGGACAACGUGACGAGGCCGUCUUCAAGGUCUCUGACUUCAGCGCAGGCUGUAUCGAGCACAGCGCCCAGUGCUAGUAAGAUACCUACCUCUCAAUUCUAGCCCUCUAUCUCCCCUCAAUUAUCUUACUAACACGUAUUCAGCUACGAAUUCUCUCUCAUCCAACCCGGUACCAUGGAGACCACCGGUGUUAGUUGUUUAACCCAGGUUAACGGCAACGCCGACGGCACCCUGCCCAACAUUGGCAAAUGGCAAGGCGAGUGCAAGGACUCUUCCCGCACUUUCUGGGUUGUUCGUCAAAACGACGGUCUCAAGCUUUGGGCUUCUCAACCAGUUACUCCAGCUAGCAACCAAACCGCAUCCCACCUGAUCCCAAGCAGCCAGCUUACCAUCGACAAUUACCUUGUUGGUAAGGCUGAAAAAUACACUGGACCUACUGCUUUCGACUUGAUUUAAAUGGAUGGCAUGGACGGAAAUCGGAAAGGUGACGCUUUCCUGUGGCGAAGUUGUUGAGCGGUGAAUGUUGGCGAAGUUUCUUUUCUGCAGUGUUGGGUGUGUUUUUGAGUAGUAGUAUUGAAGGAGUAGACUGGGAGUUGAAAAGCUU